AAUGUGUUGGCUGCUGGUUGGACUUCCCACCCCCGCGGAAAAAGUUGGCGCAUGCCCAGUGGCGAAUUGUGGUGCUCGGCUGAUGGGCUGCUCGGCAACUCUUUUUCCCACUGGCUGCCACUGCCACUGCCACCAAUUGGCGAUGGGAGCUCGAAGCUCUGUUCGGCAUUCGGUAUUUGGCACUGGCCACUUGGCACUCACUUGGCAACCCUCGCUGCUCUACUGGGGGUAGGGAAACGGGGGUGGGGGGUGGUGGUUACGAGCGCCGAGCUUGCGUCAAAUGCGGACGCCAGUUGGACGCAGCUCGGGAUUGGAGGCAGCCACGUUUCCCAGUCAUCCGCCGUUCCGCCGUGUGUGUCGCAGCGCCUCUGUCUGUGUGUGCCGUGCCGUUCCGUGCCGCAUGUGUGGCGUUCCGCGAACGGACGGGAUGUGGAUGUGAAGCGGAUCUUCGCCAGCGUUCUCAUCCUCUCAUCGCCACCAACCGGAAGUCCGGCGGCGGCAGCUCCAGCUUGGAGUUCCAAGCUCCUAGUCCUGCUCCUGCUUCUGCCCGAAACUUCUUUGUCAACCGGCGACGCUUGUGUUUUCCACGCUUGCUCAUCGAACGGUAUAGGAGCGCUGCCAUGGGGCAGGAGAUGUGUGUUUUCCGUGCACUCCCUGCAUGCGGUGUGAGCAUGUGCAUCAUCAUCUCGCUGUCGAUCGCGAUCUCCGUCUCCGACUCUCUCCGGCACUCGCUCUCCGUGUGAGUUUCCAUUUCCCUGACCAGAGUGGCGCAGUUGGAAAAUGAGCACGUGCGAGGCGGCGGCCGCUGGCGAGGAUGGGAUGGAUGGCCUAUCCACGUCCAAGUCGAAGUCCGAGGACAGCCAGCCGCCGGACGAUCAGCAGAAUCAGAAGCAGCAACAGCAGCACCAGGAGAAGCACGAGAAGCAGCUGGAUAAACAGCAGGAGCAGCACCCGCACCCGCAAAACGGCAAGAUCGAAACGGAAACCCCGGAAAAACCAAAUCCAAAUCCCCACCCCCCACUUGAAGUCAUCCGGAGCUCGGUCCUUGUGGAUGCCAGUGCAGCUGCUCCCUCGAUAGAAGCAUUGGUGGCCUGCAAGGAUGCCCUGCUCGCCCAAAAGCUCUUUGCCAGCGGGGGAAGCACUGCACCCGGACCCAGUCCCACAUCCUCGGCGGUGGGAGCUGGAGGAGUCAGUGGCAAGGACUUGCUCAAACUCAAGGAACCCAUGCGCGUGGGCUUCUACGACAUCGAACGCACCAUUGGCAAGGGCAACUUUGCUGUGGUCAAGCUGGCGCGACAUCGCAUCACCAAGAACGAGGUGGCCAUCAAGAUCAUCGACAAGUCGCAGCUGGACCAGACGAACCUGCAAAAGGUCUACCGCGAGGUGGAGAUCAUGAAACGCCUAAAGCACCCGCACAUCAUCAAGCUCUAUCAGGUUAUGGAGACCAAGAAUAUGAUCUACAUAGUGUCGGAGUAUGCCAGCCAGGGAGAGAUCUUUGAUUACAUAGCAAAGUACGGACGGAUGUCGGAGUCCGCGGCUCGCUACAAAUUCUGGCAAAUCAUAUCGGCGGUGGAGUACUGUCACAAAAAGGGCAUUGUGCAUCGCGAUCUCAAGGCGGAGAACCUGCUGUUGGAUCUCAACAUGAACAUUAAAAUAGCGGACUUUGGCUUCUCCAAUCACUUUAAGCCGGGUGAACUACUGGCCACCUGGUGCGGAUCACCGCCAUAUGCAGCACCAGAGGUUUUCGAGGGAAAGCAGUACACGGGUCCGGAAAUUGAUAUUUGGUCUCUGGGCGUGGUGCUCUAUGUGCUGGUUUGUGGCGCCCUGCCCUUCGACGGAUCCACCCUGCAGAGCCUCCGGGAUCGGGUGCUAUCCGGCCGCUUUCGCAUCCCGUUCUUCAUGAGCUCCGAGUGCGAGCACCUCAUCCGCCGGAUGCUGGUGCUGGAGCCCACGCGUCGCUACACCAUCGAGCAGAUCAAGCGCCAUCGCUGGAUGUGCCCCGAGCUGCUGGAGCACAUCCUUAUAGCCAAGUACAACCUGGGGGCCGAGCGGCAGGCGGGCAUGGAGCCCAGCGAAGACAUCCUGCGCAUCAUGGCCGAGUACGUGGGCAUUGGGCCGGACAAGACGCGGGCCAGUCUCAAGAAGAACACCUACGACCAUGUGGCGGCCAUCUAUCUGCUCUUGCAGGAUCGGGUAAGCCACAAAAAGGAGCAGAGCAAUGGUUCCGUUUCCUCGUCGGCCUCGAUCUCCUCCUCCUCCGCCGCCGCCAGUCGGGUGCUCUACAAGAGCACCAAGAUCGACCAGCAGCAGCAGCCACCGCCGCAGCAGCAGCAGCAGCCACACCCUCAUCCACACCCACAGCAGUCCAAGACAAUAUCCACCAGCUCGAUCCUGGCCAAGGAUCAGGCCCAUAAAAGACUUAGCCGCCAUCAGACGGUGCUCAUGAGUGAGCGGACGGCCCAUGCUGGGGCCACGCCCACUGUGCCGGAUCCGGGAUACUAUGCCAAAUACGGCCCCCUGCAACUGCCACUCCCCCUGCCAGGUGCCUCCCACCUGGUAUCCGGGUAUCUCAAUGGAGGAGGGGGCGGAGGAGGAGCCGAGGUGGAUGCCGCCGGGAUUUCCCUGCCCAUGCGGUACACCCCACUGCCGACGGCCGCCUCGCCCGCUCCCUCCAACUGCUCAUCCACAUCAUCGCGGAUCGGGCGACACAGUCUAAGCUCCAGCUCGCCCCGGAGUCAUCGGCCUGUGGCCAUUUCACUCAGCAUCGACAACAAUCCCUCACUGGCCAACCUGCGCUGCCGCGAGAUGAUGGAGGCUGGUUCUGGCGGACCUAUUGCACCAGGAGUGGGUGUGCCCUUGGUGUCCAAGCAGCUCCAUCAGACCAUCAGCGAGUACAUCAUCAAGCAGAGCACCGAGGACUGCCGGGCGCUACUGCAGCAGUCCACAGCAGUAGCGGAGGGCAAGGAGGAGUCGUCAAAGAUGGAAGCCGCUCCUCCAGCCGCUGCCGCCUCUACCACCACACCCACAUCCCAUGCAGCGGGAUCAGGUUCCUGCCCAGGCGAGAUAAACAGCAAGACAAUAAAGGCCAUGUCCAGCUCGAGCAGCUUCGACUCCAAGGCCAAUCUCGGUCAGAGCUUUCGCUACAAGAUGUCCGCCGAGGCCAGCAAACUGUUCCAGACUCUCCAGGAGAGCCCACUGCCUGUGGAGCAACGGGCCAAGCGACGUUCGCACUUGGGAAGCACCAAUGGCGAAUCUGGCCAGGAAAUGAAUGAGUCUAAAUCAAAUGGCGACAGCCGCUCGGAGAAGAAGGUGCUGGCGCAGGGCAGCUCCAGCACUGACGAGGGCUGCGAGACGGACCAGGGCAACGAUCCGGGUUCCGCUGGCCAGGAGUCGAAGGAAGCCAACGGCGGACCCACCACCUCGCACUCCAGCAGCGAUCUGACCCACCUGGCCGGAACAACCUGUGCUUCCUCCGGGCAGAGCCACCGGAUGCGCUCGUAUGCCAGCAGCAGCUCCUCAAGUGGAGUCCUGGCCGGAAGCGCCGGUAGCUACUCCAAAAGCCUCAGCCAGAACCUGAGUCGCGGCUCCUCUAAAAGCAAUUGCAGUGGUCCCUAUGACAGUUUGGACUUUGCUCUGCCCUCUGGAAAGGGCAGUCUACCCUCGUGCAUGGGCUCCAGCUCCAUGCUGGCCACGCCCACGCCGGCCUCAGUCCCGCCAUCUGCGGCCAUCUCAUCGGAGCACUCCUCGGAGAGGUCUCUGUACGGCAGCCACAAUUCCUGCAUCCAUAUGCCAGGUGCUCUGGCCUUGGGUCUGGGUAUGGGUCUACCACAAAGUUCGGCCUCCACGCCCACGCCAAAUCCCACACCGCCGCCGCCCAAUGGCGGUGGUGUUCCGUUCCUGGACAAGCGAUCACCCAUCCACUUUCGCGAGGGUCGACGGGCGAGCGAUGGGUUGGUAGCCCAGGGCCUGCUGAGCUCCGGCUCCUUGUUGGGAGCCAGUCGCGUUUACGGAAGCUAUCGCUACGAGCAGGCCAAGCGGCACGGUUGGCUGGAGAUCCAGCAGCUGCAGCAGGAGGCGCAUGCCCACCAACAUCCUCAGCAGCAUCCGCAUCAGCAUGCACAUCAGCAUCCCCAUCAGCAUCCGCAUCCGCAUCCGCAUCCACAUGCCCAGGCUUACGGCUUGGAAGAACUCUGUCAAUUUCCAAACGGUCAAUUCUACGCUCUGCCCGGCAAGCACCAUCACCCUCUGCUGACGUUACCUCAUCACCAUGGACAUCCGGCUGUACACCACCAUCCAGGCCACCACCACCCACUGUUCCAUCCAGGCCAUCAAGCCACGCCGCUUCUGUUGGAAACCGCUGCUGGUGGGGACUUGUACGGACAUGGAUGCUAUGCCCCGCCACCGCCGCCUCCAGGACUAUAUCCACACCAUCCGGUCGGCGUGGGAGUGGGCGUGGCCGUGCCCAUGUCACCGAUGCAGAAGCCACCGUUGCAGCAGCAACUCCUGCAGCACCGCCUGCUGCAGCAGAAGCGUCAGUUAUUCCAAAAGCAGUACGCUCUGGAGGCACAGCUGGCCGGGCGCCAUCAUCACCAGCACCAGCAGCAGCCCCACCACCACCACUUUAACCACGGUCUGGGUCAUCCACCACCUCCGGCUCCGGAACAGCACCUUGCCGACGAGCUGUUUGAGCUGGCCCUGCUCGAUCGACCCAGGAGCGGAACUCCCAAGCUGCAGCACUCUAUGACCAUGCCCGGGGCCCAUGCCUUCAGCCAGAUAAACCUGAAGACCUCCUAUAUCAGCCAAUCGGACCAGGGUUCAGGUGCGGCUUCAAAUGGAGGCGGUUCCGGAGCAGGAGUGUCUUUGGCUGGGGUAUCCUGCUCAGCGCCACCGUCCACAGCGCCGGGCACACCCACGGUCAAGUGCAAACCGGCCACGCCCCACGGGCACAGCCUGGAGUCUGACUAUCAUACAUCUACACCCGUGCUGAGUCUCUUUACACCCAACUGGCAGUCAUUGGUGAAACCGCUCAGCGAGAGCCCAAUCCUUGAGAUAUCCGAGCACCUGGAGUCAGUCUGAGACCGGGGAAGAGGCAUCAAACUAGUGGGGGCCGGACCAGAGCCACCUUUUUAUUAAGCUCGCAAUCGCAAUUAUGAAUUAUUUGAUCCAUAUACGAUAUACACCCAUGCAUACAUAUACAUAGCCUAUACAAGUACGUAUACCUAUACAGAUACGAAUACGGAUGCGGAGUCGGAUGCAAAAUCGGAUUUACAUCGAUCGCGGCAGGAGCUAUAUUUAUUGGAGCCGAUGGAAUCAAUUCC